AUGGGUGGUGCCGAUCAGGAGAGCGGGUAUGAGAGAUCAGUGGGUGGUGCCGAUCGGAAGAAUGGGUUUAAAAGGCAUCGGAAAAAUAUCCUUAGGAUUAAUGAGAAGCCUAAUGCGAAUGAUGCAUGGCUGUAUACAAACAACGACCAAAUUGAUUUGGUCAGGAGAUCAGGAUUGUAUCCUCUGAAUAUAGUAUCGAUGAAUCGGCAUAACUGCGGCACAUUAUCUACAAUCAUCGAGAGGUUACACGUAGAGACGAACACGGGGCACUUCAAUGUAGACAUCGUAGAGAUGAUGCCUACACUUGAAGAUAGAUGGAAAGUUCUUCGGUUAAAGGCGACUGGUGUAGUUGUAAUCGUGAGGAGAGUGGAGAACUACGAGGAACAUAUAGUUCGCAUGAUAGGACAGUUGCCAUCUGGUCAUAGUCAUUCUUUUAUCCGACUAACAUGGUUGAGGAACAGGUUUAGGCAGAUACCACAGAACUAUAAUCGCACUACUCUUCUACGAUACACUGGUGCCUACCUCUUUUAUCUAGUCAGGUGCACAAUAUUUGCAGAUUUCACAGAUGGUACAGUUCCUAUAAUCUACUUACAAUUUUUUGAGGAUAUCAACGUAGCUGGUCAAUAUGCAUGGAGUGCAGCUACUUUAUCAUUUUUGUUUCGAGCCUUGUCAAAGGUUGUUCAUGAUGAUCAUCAACACUUAAGUACACCAGCCAUUAUUUUGCUGUAUUGGGUGUACGAGCAUUUCAAAUUGUUGUGCCCAAUUCCAAAAGAAAUAAAGGCAGGGUAA